UCCGCCGGUCGUGGGGAAAUCUGUUGUUGUUUCGAUGCGUGUAGGUGGGUGGGCGACGUGUUUUCGUGUUUAGAUUUCAACUCUAGGGGGGUUUUAAACUUGGCGGAAACUGUAACAGUAAGUUUGUACGAAUGCGGGGCGAAGAGUCGUCGGAUUCUGAGUCGGGGAGGAUGGAGGAGAGCUCCGUCCGGAGGAGUCUGGAGACGUUGUGUCAGGAGCUGAACAUGGACGAGCAAACUGCCACUGAAGCCAUGGAGAACUUCACUGCCAUAUGGAAUACAUACACACUGGAGGGAGAGGUGGUCCACUGGUUGGCCUGUUCGCUGUAUGCAGCCUGCAGGAAGGGAUCCACUCCCACAGUGGGUAAAGGCUUGAUGGAAGGAAACUGUGUCUCUCUCACCAGGAUCCUUCGCACGGCCAAACUCAGUCUGAUCCAGUUCUUCUCUAAGAUGAGGAAGUGGGCCGACAUGUCCAACCUCCCGCACGACUUCAGGCUGCGCAUGGAGAGACUGGAGCGAAACUUUGAGGUUUCCACUGUGAUCUUCCGCAAGUUUGAGCCCAUCUUCAUGGACAUGUUUCAGAACCCGCAGGGAGCCGAGCCACCACGGCAGCCACGCAGCAGGAAACACAGGCGACUGCCAUGUCACAUCAGUGAUGUGUUCAAGUUCUGCUGGACUCUGUUUGUCUACACUAAAGGUAACUUCCGUAUGAUCGGUGAUGACCUUGUGAACUCGUACCACCUGCUGCUUUGCUGUCUGGACUUGGUGUUUGGCAACGCUCUGCUCUGCGCCAACAGGAAGGACCUCAUCAACCCAACGUUCAGAGGUCUGCCUGCUCUGUACCGCAUCGACAGCCACGUUUCACCGGACGAGCCUCCUCCGUGUGUGUUGGAGAGGUUAUGCGAGCUACAUGACGGGCUGGUGGUGGAAGCGAAAGGCAUCAAACAGCACUACUUCAAACCCUACAUACAGAAACUCUUCCAGAGACAGAUCCUGAAAGGCAAUGAGGAGCAUUUGACUGAACUGAUGGAUCCUCAGAACUUCAUUGAUAACAAUAAGGCCAUAAACAGGGAGUAUGAGGAGUAUGUGUUGACGGUGGGAGAUUUUGAUGAGCGAGUGUUCCUGGAUGCCGACGCCGACGAGGAAAUUGGGACUCCGAGGAAGAUUGUUCAGGAACAGUCUGGCAGCCAGACGAAUGCUCAGAAGCAGCUGCAACAACAUGUAGAGAAGUCCGGCUCUCUCGCUCCCUCCACCCCUCUGACGGGUCGAGUCUACCUGAAAGAGAAGGACCUGCUCGUCACGCCCGUCUCUUCAGCGACGCAGAGUGUGAGCCGGCUGCAGAGCAUGGUGGCCGGGUUGAGGACGGCCCCCAGCGACCAGCUGCUGCAGACCUUCAAGUCGUGCUCCAGAGAUCCCACAGAGGCCAUCCUGGCAAGAGUAAAGACGCUGGGACAAACCUUCAAAGAACAUUACACCAACGACUCAGAGGACAUGCCUGGCUCUCACAUAGACUUUGCAGAGAACCGGCUGAAACUUGCCGAGAUCCUCUACUACAAGAUCCUGGAGAACGUCUUGGUUCAGGAGACCAAACGGCUGCACGGCAAAGACAUGAGUGUGCUAUUGGAGCAGGACAUCUUCCACUGUUCCCUGAUGGCCUGUUGUCUGGAGGUCGUGUUGUUCUCCUACAGCUCCCAGAGAACCUUCCCCUGGAUCAUCAACAUCUUCAAACUGACCCCAUUCUACUUUUUCAAGGUCAUUGAGGUGUUUAUCCGCUCAGAGGAAGGCCUGUCCAGAGACAUGGUGAAGCAUCUGAACCUGAUUGAGGAACAGGUUCUGGAGAGCAGAGCGUGGAGCACAGACUCUGCCCUGUGGAGCGCCCUGCAGGCUGCUGGGAACAAAAUCCCAACAGUGGAGGAGGUAAAUUUUUCCUCCAGUCUUGACACGGGUUCUGGUCCUGGUUCUGUUUCUGGUUCUACAAGCGGAGGCCAGUCCCACCUGCCUCUUGUCGCUCUCUCUCCCAUCAUCCACCCCCGCAUCAGGGAGUUCAGAUUAGGCCAGGUCAGCGCACGCAAAGAUGUGCCUCCCUCUCCACUGUCGGUCCAUGACCGGUACAGCUCCCCAGCAGCUGGCAGCGCUAAACGGCGUCUCUUCGGUGACGACCCUCCGGCCCCGACAACAGGAGUAGCCCCCAGUGGGAGUCCGUUGUCGUCACCGGCCAAGAGGUUGAUGUUCGGCUCGAGCAAUACCCUGAGGAUCGGUACUCAUAGUACCCAGACCACCGUCCUAAGUAUCCCGCUGCAAGGUAUGAACAACGACCGCACUAUUACACUGAUCCCAGUUCAGCCGUGUGACUCCUCUGGUACCGUCACCGCUCAGUUCCUGCUGACCGCCUCCCCGAGCCGAGUCACCUCCGCACCCACGACCGCUGACCCCCAGGCCGGAAGCGGUCGGCCGCGACGCACCGGAUCGCUCGCUCUGUUCUUUAGGAAGGUGUAUCACCUGGCCAGCGUGCGCCUGAGGGAUUUGUGUGUGAAGCUGGACAUCUCAUCGGAGCUGCGAGGGAAGAUCUGGACGUGUUUUGAACACGCUCUGGUUCACUGUACCGAUCUGAUGCGGGACCGACACCUCGACCAGCUGCUGCUGUGUUGCGUUUACAUUAUAUCCAAAAUCACCAAAGAAACUCACACCUUCCACGACAUCAUGAAGUGUUACCGCAGCCAACCACAGGCCAGCAGCCUUGUGUACCGCAGCGUCUUACUGUGUCGCACUUCCAGAGAGCAGGUGGCUGAUGAGAACAUGGAGGUGGAUCCUGUUUCUGGUGGCGAAUCUGCGGAGAAAACUAGUCAGGUGUCAGGAGACGCAAAAUCCAACCAAUCGGGGGAGGAGGAACGCGGGGACCUCAUCCAGUUCUACAACAGUGUUUUCGUCCUGAAGAUGAAAAGCUUUGCGCUGCGAUACGCCACCCACGAUAACCGGGCGGACGCUCCUCCUCUCUCUCCUUUCCCGUCAGUUCGGGCUCAGCCUCUGUCUCCUCGUCGAGUUUCUCAGAGACACUCGCUGUACGUUUCCCCUCACAAGAACUCUGCCAGCUGCCUCACACCAAACUCCUACACUUACAGGAUCAACAGCAGCCCGUCCAAGGAAUUAUCGGACAUCAACCGGAUGAUCCGUCAGGGCUGCGUGAGCAGGAAGAGGGCCUUCACCAUGGAGGGUGACGUGAUGAUGUCACCAGCGUGCGACUCCCCCAGCAAGAGGGCGUGUCCAGAGAACGGCAGCAGUCCGGACGUGCUGCUGAAGCGUCUGCAGGACGUCGUGUCAGAGCGGCAGAGUCACUGAUGGACGUAGAAACACGUAAAACAUUAAAGUAAUGAAUGCAUUUUCAUUACAGAGCUCUUCCUCUGAAAUGAUGGAACUAGACAGUAAGAGUGAUUUUUCAUCACUGACGCUCGUUUAAUUUUGACCGUUUAUGUAUAUUAUAUGACCUGAGGGUCAUAGAACCUGUGCAGCGAAUUAAUGGCAUAAUUCAUGCUGUUUAGUUUGAUCCAAAGCAUCUUGUAAUUCUAGUGUUGACACAACCACAAAAUAUUGACUUUGAGACCAGUAACAAUAUCUAAAAUGUGAUAUUUUAGCCACAUCAAGAAUCAAAUCACUGAGACACUUCACUUUUAUUACCGUUUCACCUUUAACUCAGUAACUCAGGUGAACUGAAAUGCAGCAGAUCCCGCCCGUGUUAGUGUUGCACUAUUGUCCAUUGCUAAACAUUUGCAGCUGCUAGAUGGCAGCAAGAGUAGGUUGCUCUUUAAAGAGUGCCCAAAAGUCCAAAAUGCCCAAAAAGACAACCCCCUCUUUUCCAACAACUGUUGAAAAAUACAUUUUGCAGAUAGGAAAGCUUUCAGGUCACGUCCUCAAAGCCUUUUCUUUUGUAAAAGUGGAACAUGAAAUUCUUCCAUUACAGCAGACUUUAAAUCCCUUAUUUGUGAAGCUCGGUCACAUACUCGCUCUCUCAUCAGACUCCCAAAGCACUCUAAAUAAUUUUCUCUGGCAGUUAAAAUUUCUCAGACUUCAGUCUCUUCAUCAUGAAAUUCAGUGACAUAUUAUUCUGUUUCUGCAGUAAAGACGUGAGGAGACACUUUCUCGUCUUGUUUUCACUCCGCAGAACAUUAUUGCCUCUGUGGGAGCAAAUCAGGUUACACAAGUUCACAGAAACUUUCAUUUUUUUCUAUGUGGCUAUUUAGGCUAUUUUUUUAAAUUGGUCCAGUUUUAAGCAAGCAUGCUGCAGUCAGCAGCAGCAAAACAGGGCUGCAAUAGUCACAUGUCGCGUCCGGCAAAGCCACCAGACUCCAUUGAUUAAAAACAGUAAUUUUACAUCGUUGAACACAGAUGUUGCUGGUGUACCGCUGCCAUGGUCGGUUAGUUUGUUAUUGUGUGACUUUUUUGUUUUAGUUUGUUUGUGUUAUUGUGUAACUUUGGUGUUUUUAAUAGGUUUAAAAUACCAAAGUCACACAAUGACACAAACAAACUAACAAAUCCUGGCAGAUGUAGACCAGAGUGGUAAAAUUACUGUUUUUUUAAAAGGGAGUCUGGUGGGUUAGAGGAAAACAAUAUAGUAACUGUUUCAGUUGAGAUAUAUAUAGAGAGAGAUAUAUAUAUAUAUAUAUUAUAUAUAUUUUUACAGUGGUACUGAUGACCUAUCACACUAAGGACAAGUAAACACUCGACACUUUCAGUCCAUUUGUUAUUGUAAGCUUCGAGUCAGACGACCUUUAUCAGGCAUUUUUUAAUCUAAAUUUAUGAAGGUUCGAUUCUCUAACCUUCUAGAGGCUGUAGCUCAUCAUUCUUCACUUUCAGGUACCAUUAUUUGAACAGUCAAACCCUGAACUUGUGUAUAUAGUUUCCUUUAAGACAUAGAAAGGAAGAUGAGACAAAUCAAGCUCCAAUGUACAUUCUCUACUAUUAAACGUCUUCUAGCCCAAAAUCUGCUGAGGUCUCUACUCUGUAGAGAUUUUAUUGCUGAGGGAAAAUUGAAUUUUCAUUCUUUUUUGAUAAUUAGUUUUACAGUUUCCUUUUAAUCUUCCUGGUUUGUGUUUAUGAACCAUUUAAUGUUGUAAUGCUGUAAUAAUAGGCUUAAUGCUAACAAGCGUGCUCGAUUGAAGCAGCAUUUGUGUACUCGAGUGUGUAGUAUCUACACUUCUUUUUUAAAAAAUUGAAUUUAACAUUUUAGAAAACAAUCUAUGACUUCUAAACGAUUUCAUGUAAACUGUUUUUGUUCAUACCUGGUUUACUAAAAGCACAAUAGCAAAGGUGACACUGAAAACCAGUUGUAAAUGACAAGUAAGAGUGUAGAUUUUGCACUGAGACAGCCAAAAAAUACAAUAAUCGAUGGAAAUCUGUAAGCAGGAAAGCAGUUUGUGUCACUCUGGUGUGUUUCUCGCUUCAAGGAAAUUUGUAUUUUCUACAAACAGUCAAAGGUUUUGUACAAUAAAUUUUCUUUGAGCACUCUGUGUUCAUUCAUUUGA